GUGUUUCACAUUUGCGUGCGUUUGGCUAGAAAAUUCGUGAGAUCUUUGUAACCCAUCCCCGUUGAUAAAAUCACACAAAAAUAACGAAAAUAUAUUAUAAAAAAAAUAAUAAUAUAUAGUUUAUAGUUCUACCUGUUGCACAUUCAGUAUCUGAUGUGUUAUGUGGUGCGCGUUUUGUGACGUAUUCGUCUCUGGUGUUUACCUACGCUUCGUGUCCGAACAACACACUCGAGGUUGUAUAAAUACACACACAUGUUUACGGAUAAUAUUAUUAACUAAAUAAUACAAAAGAAAAUGUGUCUCAAUCAAAUCAGUUUCAACUAAAAAAUAAUCAACAACAGAACAUAAGAAUAUAUCUAUGAAAAAGAGAAAUAAUAGUGUUUAUUUUGUGCUAGUGCUGAUCGAUUAAAAUCAAACCAAAAUAGUGCCAAACGUUCUUUGAGAUCCAGUACAAAAUAAUAAUAACAACAGAGAGAAAGAGAGAGAGAAACAAAAAGGAUUGAGGAUUGAAUUUCACCUGAUUUGUAUUGCCACCUUUCGUAUAUAAUUAUAAUCAACGUGAUCACGCGCUCACACCACACCACACACACACAAACAAACACACAAGAGGAUACAACAACAACAGCAACAACAACGCUUCCAACACCAGAUCCAGCAACAACAACAGCAACAGCAACAAAAGCUUCUUGCAUCCGUUCCGCCCUGCCUACAAGGAUCAAGUUUGGCAGAACCCAUAAUUCUGCGUCUGCUUCUUCUACAUUGGGCUCCAUGGUGUCGCCGGCUUGACCGACGCCGUCGUCAUAGCCCCGCCAGCCCCCCUCUCGGCUGCCAGCUCCUGUCGCCGUCCCCCCAACGAGGCGCUAUAAACAAAACCCAAAAGAAGAGAGCAUACGAAUCCAGUUCUUUGGCGCACACAGAUACUCCGUGGAGCCAGAGAAAGAGCGAGAGAGAGGGAGAGAGAGAGAGAGAGAUUGGAUCCCCCUUCCUGUGAUCCACGAUCUCGUGUGCUUUUGUUUUGCUUUUGUUGCGCGCUGCUUCGCGUUUAUUGUUUUGUUGCACAGCCCAGAAGAGUGAAGAGUGAAGAGGAGUGGAGUGGAGUGGAGUAUAGAGAAGAGAAGAGUGUGUGCAAAGGAAGAGACUCUGUGAAAGGAGAGGAAGAAGAACACAACCACAACACCAACAAAGUUGCAUUGCAGCCGCCUGCCUGCCGCUGCACCCCGCCCCACCCCGUACAACAAUCAUCAGACAUGGCGCCGAAAUCCAGAAAGAAGAAGGCUCAUGCCCGCUCCCUGACCUGCUACUGCGAUGGCAGUUGUCCGGGCAAUGUCAGCAAUGGCACCUGCGAGACGCGACCCGGCGGCAGCUGCUUCAGUGCCGUCCAGGAGCUGUACGAUGAGACGACUGGCAUGUACGAGGAGGAGCGCACAUACGGCUGCAUGCCACCCGAAGACAAUGGCGGCCUACUCAUGUGUAAAGUGGCCGCUGUACCGCACCUGCAUGGCAAGAACAUCGUGUGCUGCGACAAAGAGGACCUUUGCAAUCGCGACCUGCAUCCCACAUUCACGCCCAAGAUGACAACGCCAGCACCGGAGCUGCCGGUGAGCAGCGAGUCCGUGCAUACGCUGGCCCUGUGCGCCUCCAUCAUCGUGUGCCUGUCCGUGUUCAUGCUGAUCGUGGCCACCCUCUGCCUGACGUACAAGCGGCGGGAGAAGCUGCGCAAGCAGCCCCGCCUGAUCAACUCCAUGUACAACUCGCAGCUGUCGCCGCUGUCGCAGCUGGUGGAGCAGAGCUCGGGCUCCGGCUCGGGUCUGCCGCUGCUGGUGCAACGGACCAUCGCCAAGCAGAUCCAGAUGGUGCGACUGGUGGGCAAGGGACGCUACGGCGAGGUGUGGCUGGCCAAGUGGCGGGACGAGCGCGUGGCCGUGAAGACCUUCUUCACCACCGAGGAGGCUUCGUGGUUCCGCGAGACGGAGAUCUACCAGACGGUGCUGAUGCGACACGAGAACAUACUCGGCUUCAUUGCCGCCGACAUCAAGGGCAACGGCAGCUGGACACAGAUGCUGCUGAUCACCGACUACCAUGAGAUGGGCAGCCUGCACGAUUACCUCUCCAUGUCGGUGAUCAAUCCGCAGAAGCUGCAGCUCCUGGCCUACUCCCUGGCCUCGGGCCUGGCCCAUCUGCACGACGAGAUCUUCGGCACGCCCGGCAAGCCGGCCAUCGCCCAUCGCGACAUCAAGAGCAAGAACAUACUGGUGAAGCGGAAUGGACAGUGCGCCAUCGCUGACUUUGGCCUGGCGGUCAAGUACAACUCGGAGCUGGAUGAGAUACACAUUGCGCAGAAUACGCGCGUCGGCACACGGCGCUACAUGGCCCCCGAGGUGCUCAGCCAGGCGCUCAAUGCCCAGCAGUUCGAGGAGUUCAAGCGGGCGGACAUGUACUCGGUGGGCCUGGUGCUGUGGGAGAUGGCACGGCGCUGCUAUACACCCAUUUCGGGCACCAAGACGACAACCUGCGAGGAUUAUGCACUGCCCUAUCACGAUGUGGUGCCAUCGGAUCCCACCUUCGAGGACAUGCACGCCGUUGUGUGUGUGAAGGGUUUCCGGCCGCCCAUACCACUGCGCUGGCAGGAGGACGAUGUCCUGGCCACCAUCUCCAAGAUAAUGCUGGAGUGCUGGCAUCCCAAUCCCACAGUGCGACUGACCGCACUGCGCGUCAAGAAGACGCUGGGACGGCUCGAGGCGGACUGCCUCAUCGAUGUGCCCAUGAAGAUUGUCUAGGCCUGUGCUUUGCACCCACCCCCCCCCCCCAAGUACAUAUAUAUUAAAUAUGUUUUGUAGUCUCGUUCUAGGUUUGACCUAAGUUGCAUUUAGUUUCCUUCUGUUUUUCCCUGUUUCAAUUUCAAACGACAGAAAAGUCUUGUGCCCGGGAACUUUCUAGUUAUAAAGUUUUGUUUCUUAGAUCUAAGUUUGUCGCUGGUACUUGAGGGGUUCCCCUUUUCAGAGGUGCCUAUACUACGGUUGCUUAAAAGGGCCGCGCACUGAUUGUAAGCUAGAAAUUGUAGCAAUUUAAUUUAAUUUAAUUUAAGGUUCAUCUACAUCUAGAUCGUCUUUUGUUGUCAAAUAAGUGCCCAUGCAAAAUCUUUGGUUAGAAAAAUGCUUUAACUAUUUGAGAAAUAUUAUAUGCACACACACAAACACACAUACAAAUGUAUGUAGAUAUAUUUUGAAUAUGAGAAGAACAAAAAAAAAAAACUAUCGAAAUUCGAAAUUUACAUGUAAAAUAAUAACCGCAGUAGCGGUUUAGUUAUUGUGUGCCAGCUUUUUGUACCGAACUGAUCGGAACAAUUGAGGUAAUACAGCAUAUAAACAUGCAUCAUAUAUGUAUGUGCUACUUGUAUGUAUGUUCUGUUUUGUAUUCUAAUGUUUAAGUUAAGUCUUAGCCGCAUUGUGCAAAAGAUACUAAAAUGCUGCCUUAUGUAAAAUCCACAGAAUUAGUUGCCUUAAGACAGAGUGUAAAGACAGAAGCCAGGGAGCUAGACUUUUUACCCCCGCCACCCUCCAUUUACAUACACAUAAAUAUAUUUAUAUAUAUAUAUAUAUAUACACUAUAUAGCGAUCGUGAGUCCUGGUUCUUUUGUUUUUGUUUUGUGUAAAUAUGGCAAAGAUGUUUAUAGGCCGCUAAUCAUACAUAUACAUACACAUAUGGUAUAUACAUAUAUAUUAUAUAUUAUCGUUAUAAGCGAUGCUGUAAAUACUUAUAUGCGAGUAGUAUCUCUAACUGUUUAACUUAUGUAUGCCUUAUCGAGUAAUCCUUUUGUUUAAGCUACAACUAGACACUAAACGCUAUAUCCCAUAGGAGCAGUUCGUAAGCUAUAUAUAUACACAUAUAUAUAUAGAUAUAGAUGUAUACCGACCGAUUAUGGAUGUGUAAUGCGAUAUUUCAGUUUUGAGUUUUCAAUUUUCAAUUUUCAAUUUUCAGUUUUGAUUUUUCAUUUUUUGUUUGUUUUUGUUUUGUUGAGUAUUGCGCAUAGACCUAAACAAGAACUAAAGUUUUGUACGAAAGCGUUUAGUUAAUUUAUUUAAAAAUAAUAAAA